AAGUGUAACCCACACAGGAAGCUGUCAGGCCUGUUUGCAGUGAAGGAACACUCCCCCAUAUCUGAAGUGCAACUCCUGUUGAGCAGAGCAGAUGACUUAACAUUAAAGAGCAGCUCAUGAUUUGAGUCAACAGAUGUGCCAGAUUUGGGUGCUCAAAAGCUGAAACCAAGCAUCCACCUACACACGAAGUCAAAAUGAAUAGAAGAAAGCUGGGGUCGAGUCGAAAAAGUAAAGGAAGGCAGCAUGUGAAAGAGCCAGAAACAGAGCAAGAGCUUGAACCUAGAAAGGAUGUUCAGAAAGAGACAUGGGGUAUCGCAACUCUCCAAACACAAGUGACUGCAACAACGCAGCUUGAAAUGCAGGAAGAAUCAGGUCAAGGGAGUGAAUAUAUAUCUGCAAAGUGUGUUACCUCUUUGGUCUCGGCUCCUACACACACUUCUAAAAAUGAGUCCACUGCAAUCUCGUCUUCAGAGGGUGAAGCUGAAAUUAUUGUUGGCAAGAACAGCGAUGUGCAAGAUUGUAAAUUUGAGACUACACUGGAAGUAUCUGACAAAAGUGUUGCACAAAAUGAGGAAACCAAAGAUGGUCUUUUUGAGAUAACCAACGAGCCUGCAUGUCUUUCACUUGAUCAGCAAAUGAUCAACAUAAAAGAAAAACGCUCUGUGUAUUUUGUAGCAGAAUCAGACGGCAAUAAAAAAGCUGAUACAGACUUGUUCAGUCAAGAUGAAAGUUUUCAGGGCAAGUUCUCAGUAAGUGAGUCACAUAUUAAAAUAGUUUCAGAGUCAACCACGCCUGAGAAAACUGUGGAUAAUGCCACCAAUAAAGUAAACAGAGAAAUUAAAAAUGUUGAGCAAGAAGUAAUUGUAUUGCCUAAAGAAGAGUUGGCUACAAAUGAAGGAAAGGGAAAUGUUUUCAAACAAACUAAUGWAAGAGAUGUUCAGUAUCCAGAGGAGUCUGUGACUAAAGUGGAUAAAGACAAAGCAAAAGAAGUGCAUAAUAUGGAUCAAACUGAUGACUAUUCUGGAAGUCUGAAACUGCAAUUGCAACAAGAUUCUGAUCUAUGCCUUGAAAACACAACUCAGUCUGAUUUAAUUGCUCCGUCAGAUCCUCAACUUCAGGUCAAAUCUGCAAGUACAGAUGGGCAAACUGAUGCUAACUUCAGCGUCAGUGUGGGCAGACAAAARUUGGGGUCAAGCCAUAGAUAUAAAGACAGACAUCACGGUAAAGAACCAGACGAGAAAGUUAAGGAUAAUACCAAGUGUGAUGAAACUCUCAAAACACAAAGCAUUUCUUUACAAAUACAGACAGGAAGGCAAAAAGAACUGACUCAAGACAUUGAGCAAGAUUAUGUCCUGUCCAUUUCAGACGGCUCCAUGUCAUCAAUGCAUCUAUUUGAUGUUGAUUCUGUGGUUCAGGGCUCUGUGUCAACAAAAUGUGCUGAAACUGUCCCACAGAGUUUUAUGUCAAAAUAUGAAACUCUUGGUGAAACAGAGUUAGACGUUAAGCAAGAAAUGGUUAAAAAUUCAGAGGACGUUGCACAAGAAAAAGUAAACGAAAGUGACACUCUAAACAGUGAGGAUACCAAAGGUGUUAUUUCAGAAGGCACUCUGAAGGAAAUGCAAGAAGUAGAAAUUCAUCCAGUUCAAAUGCAAGAAAAUUUGCAAACUGAUCAAACACUGGGUGAUGGUGUAAAAUCCUGUGAAAUGGAUUGUAAAACUCUACCCGACUAUGCUAAAAUUUCUGAGCUCACUGUAAAAAAUAUGGAUCAAUCAAUCAAACAAGUGUAUCCCACAAACGACCUCUCAGAAKAUGCAGACAUGGAAAAUGAGAGUAAUUUAAAUGUUUCUAUGUUGCCUACAGAGAAAAACAUGAGUGAUUCUGCCACUGAGCAGGAGAAGAAUCUAACAACUGAUCAUCAAACAUUUUACCAAGAGGAGGCAGUGGAGGGGGAUGAAUUAAAAUUGUCAAUACUUAAGUCAGAAACUGUUUUUGUUAACACAAACGACAACGAUCCCAAAACUGUAGACGAGCAAAUAAACACAGACUUUGACAAAAAGGGCAAAAGAAAAAAACUUGGGUCGAAACGCAGGAAAAGACUAAGAAGUUUGAACGAAUCCAAGCAAGACUUAUUUGUAAAUAUCAAACCUAAUGUAUCCCCUGAAGCAACACCAAUAUCAUUAGAUACAACAGUAGUAACCCAGAAAGAGUUAAAGCAAGACACAAACUGUGACAUUAACCAAACUAUGUCCCAUGACAGCUCUAUGAAUUCAAUACCUUCAGUUGAGCAAUCUGCAAAGAUUCACAUUUCUGGGGCAAAAGAAUAUCCUGAUCUUGACCUGGAGAGUUUUAAUUCAAAAAGAGAAAAUGCUCCAGAAAAUCUAAAUAAAAUAGACACAGACAAUAAUUCGGAGUCUGUUAAACUCAGAGACACCGCAACAGUGGAUGAAUCUUUUCUGAGUAAAGAAGUGAUAACUCCUCAUGAUUCAGUAAAKGUUGUAGGAGUUCUUGCAGAUCUGAAAACACAAGUGCAAGAAAGUUUGCAAAUUGAUAACGUAUGUGACACUGUGACUAAUGAUGCCUCAGAAAAUCUAAAAAUUGUUAUUGGAAACUUGAUGGACCAAUUUGAAUCUGUCAACACUCACCAGUCUGGGUUCACUAAGAAAGAUACUGAUGAUUCUGUUACCAACCAAAAAGUUUUCAUUUCUGAUGAUAAAGUGAUCAUGUCUUUUGCAGUAAAAGGAAAUGCAAAGGCUUUAGUCCAGAGAAAUGAGGAUAAUCUUGCGAAUGAGCCAGAGCAAACACAGAUCAAUCAAACAGAAAGAGAAGACACAGCUCUCAUUCAGACAUAUGAAGAUGAAGGUUUCAUGGGCGUAGAUAUUACAUACAGUUCUGAAUGUAGCGUUCAUCAAGGAGGAUCCAUCUCUAAAUUUCAUCAGUCUCAACUGUCAGAUUUAAAUGGUCGUUUGGACAGCCAACUUCAGGAUAAAACUUUGAGCACAACUGAGCAAACUGAGGCUAACUUCAGCUUCAAUAGGGGCAGAAGACAGCUCGGGCCAACUCUCCAAACUCAAGUGUCAGAAGUAGUACAGCCUGAAGUGCAAGAAAAAUCACAUCAAGAGAGUGAAUAUGAUCUACCUGUAGAGCAUGAUGCCUCCUUGGUCUUCACCACUACAUGUGAUUUUUCUGAGGUCAAGCAGUUAACUUCAGUGUCCUGUUCAAAGGAAGUUACAGAAAUUACAGUCAGAAAAGACAAUGUGCAAAACUGUAAAGAUGAGACAAAACUGGAAGAAAUUCACAAAAAUGGCACUUCUGAAAAUGAGGCAACCAAAGAAAGUACACAUGAUUAUCUUUCUGAAUUAGCCAAUUUAUCUGUGUGUCCUGUUGGUCAACAGAUCAUAAAUCAAGAAGGAAUUUUCAACAUGGAUGUGUCAGACUCAGAAAGAAAUGAGAAAGCUGAUUCAGAUUUGUUUCUAGGCGAUUAUUCUGUGAAUAAAUCACAUGUAAAGACAUGUUCAGAGUCAACCACAUCAGAGAUGAUCGCAGAUAACACCAAUAAAGACAGACAAAUUAGGCACAAUCUUAAGCRAGCACCAAUUAUGUUACCAAAAGAGGAAUUGGCUACAAAUGAAGAAAAGGGUGAACUUUUCAAACUACCGGUACCUAACAUGGUAAGAGAUGUUCAGUAUCCAGAGAAUGCUGUGAAUAAAGUGGAUAAUAAAAACCUUAACCCAACAAAAGUGCACAGUAUGGAUCAAGCUGAUGGCUCUUCUGAAAGUCUCAAACUACAAGCUGCAGAUGAUUCUGAUCUAUACUCUGAUAGUUUGAUACCGGAAAUAUAUCAGCCUGAGAACAUGAUAAAAAGUGCAGAUGACUCUGCARCUAAAUAUGCAGAUUCAACUCCUGAUGGGAAACUGAAUUCACAAUCUGCAAGAGAAGAAAAAACAGUUGGUGAUGAGGUAAAUAUGGAUGAUUCUGUGCAUGAAACCAAACAAACAUGGAUCAACAAAUCAGAUAAGGUAAAUAUUGCUCUCAGUCAGACAUAUGAGGUUGUAUGUCCUAUGCAGAGAGAUUUUUCUGGACAAAGCUUUCAUGGCAAAGGAGCCAUCUUUGAAGCUGAGAGGAAUGAUAUCUGUGUUCGGUCUCCCUUGUCAGACAUAAAUUAUCCUUCAAACCCCCAACUCCAAGACAAAUCUCUAAGUAUGGAGGAGAAAACUGGUGCUAACUUCAGCCUCAGUGGAAACACAAGAAAACUGGGGUCGAGACGAGAACGUAAAGGAAGACAACGUGUCCGAGAUUCAGAAAUUGAGCAAGAUCAGAAACCUAUAAAAGAAAUCCAGGAAGAGAGCAGCAGUAUUGAAAUUCUGCAAGCACAAGCGUCAGAAGCAACACAGCUUGAAAUGCAGGAAGAAGACAAGAGUCAAUACAGUACAUCUGCAGAGUGUGAUGCUUCAUUAGUCUUAGACUUUACACACAAAUUUUCUGAGUUUAAGGAAUCAAGUGAAGUGUCUUUUCCAGAGGACAAAGUCAGUCAAGAUGAAACCAACUUGGAAGAAACUGAUGAAAGUAGUAACAUUGUUCAAAAUGUGAAAACUAAACAAAAUACACAUGAAUGUCUCUCUGAAUUGCCCAAUUUCUCUGCAUGUCCAUCCAGUGAUCAACAAAAACUCAACAAGCGUGAAGAAUUUCACAAUUUGUAUAUUUCAGCCGAUUUAGAAACCAAUAAAAACACUGAUACAGACUUGUUCAGACAAGAUGAACGUUGUCAGGGUAAUUACUCAGUGAGUGAGUCACAUGUUAAAACAGAUUCAGAGUUAACCACACCAGAGAUAACUGCAGAUAAUAGCACUAAUAUAAUAAACAGGAAAACUAAAGACAGUAUUGAGCAAGCAGUAAAUGUAUUGCCAAAUGAGAUGGCUCCGAAUGAAGAAAAAUGUCAACUUUUCAAACUACCUAAAGUAAGACAUGGUCAGUAUCUACAGGAUGUUGUGGAUAAAGUAGAUAAUGAAGGCAAAAAACUAAAUUUAUGGUUUGCAGGAGAAGAAAAACUGGUGGAGGAACAUUUUAUUGAACAAUUGAGUAAUCAAGAAGAAGUCCGCCCUGAAGCUGAGAGUAAUAAUGUUUCUGUUCAAUCUCCACUGACAGACGUUAAAACUCCUUCAGAGCCUCAACUUCAAGAAAAAUCUCUGAGCAUAGAUGAACAAACGGGUGUUAAUGUCACCUUCUGGGGGAGCACAAGAAAACUGGGGUCAAGUCAUAAAAAUAAAGAAAAACAGCUUGGAAACAAAUUUAAAGAGGCAGGUAUCAAAAGUACAAAGGAUAAUGAAGCACUUGAAGAGCCAAAAACACACCUCAAAUCUAAUACACAGAGUUUAUUACUUCAAAGUAAAAAUCUUCAAAAAGAUCAAGAUGAAGAAAGAGAUUUUGAUGUUGAAAUUGUGGAGAAAUCAUUGGAUGACACAAAGGAAAAUGAGGAUAAAUCUGAUACGUCUUACAAUGAGAACAUAAGAAAUGUUCUAAACGACGGUGCACAACUUGAAGAGGAUAAGGUGAAAGUUCAUCUGACACAAAUGCCAGAAAGCCUACAAAUUGAUUUUUCAUUGCAGACUGUUACAUGUGAUGGCACUGAAAUCAGUGAAGUUGUUUCUGAAUGUCUGACUGACCUCUCUGAAAUAUCUGAGCUCAAAAUGCAAACUGUUAAUGAUGAAAAUGAAGAGAAACCUGCAGAAGUAGACAUCUCAAUGGCUUUGGAACAGAAACGUGAC